GUGCGAACUGCGAGCACUCGUGAGCUCAGUACACGACCACGCGCCGAGGAGAUCACACCGUCGCGUCGCUAACAUUUUUUAUUUUUAUUUAUUUUAAUUUGUCAUUACCGAGUGGCUGUGAUUGUGAUAUUUUUUGUGUCGAGUGUUGUAACGGUCGAAACACACGGAAAUGUUUAUAGACGAGAAUGAGACGCCGGAGUCAUGGUGGGUGUCGGCGGUGCUGAAGACGAUCCGCGCGGUAGCUCUCGUGUUCGACGUGCUCACGUUCCCCGUGCACCUGCUCAUACAGAGGCCGUGGAGGAAGCGCGCGCUAUCCAGGAGAAUCAAGGCUCGUAUAAUCAACACAACGCCGGACAGCAUCACGGUGCGGUCGGUGUCCACGCCUUGCGAUUUGCACUUGCGGCUGGUGCGUGAUGGCGUCACGUCGAUGGAGAGCAUGCUGCGUGCUGCGGCUGCACGCUGGGGACAGCGCCCGUGCCUCGGAACACGCACCGUGUUAGGAGAGGAGGAUGAACCGCAGCCAAAUGGAAGGGUGUUUAAGAAGUUCAACAUGGGCACGUACGUGUGGCGCUCGUACGCGGAUGUGGAGCGCGAGGCGCGCGAGUUCGGCGCGGGGCUGCGCGCGCUGGGCUGCGCGCCGCGCCGCAACGUCGUGAUGUUCGCCGAGACGCGCGCCGAGUGGAUGCUCGCCGCGCACGGCUGCUUCAAGCAGAGCAUACCCGUGGUGACAAUCUACGCGACGCUGGGUGACGAGGCGAUAGCGCACGGCAUCAACGAGACCGACGUGUCCACCGUCAUCACCACCCACGACCUCCUGCCCAAGUUCAAGAAGAUACUCGCCAAGACGCCCAAGGUGGACACCAUCAUUUACAUGGAGGACCAGCUCAAGACCACUGACACCACCGGCUACAAAGAAGGCAUCAGGAUUAUCGCAUACAAGGAGGUCGUGCAGAAGGGAAUCGACUCUAAUAUUGAAACUGUACCACCAUCGCCGUCAGACACCGCGAUCAUAAUGUACACGUCAGGGUCGACGGGCGUGCCGAAGGGCGUGAUCCUGUCCCACAGGAACAUGCUGGCCACGCUGAAGGCGUUCGCGGACGCGAUGCCCAUCUACGACGACGACGUGCUCAUGGGCUUCCUCCCGCUGGCGCACGUCUUCGAGCUGCUGGCCGAGAGCCUCUGCAUCAUCGGAGGUGUCCCGAUCGGUUACUCGACGCCAUUAACGAUGUUGGAUUCCUCGAGUAAGAUCAUGAAGGGCACCAUGGGAGACGCUACUAUCUUGAAGCCGACCUGCAUCACUACCGUACCGUUGAUAAUGGACCGCAUCAGCAAGGGCAUCACGGACAAGGUGAGCCGCAGCGGCGCGUUCGCGAGCGCGUUCUUCAAGUGGGCGUACGCGUACAAGCAGACGUGGCUGCGGCGCGGGUACGCCACGCCGCUGCUGGACGCGGCGCUGUUCCGGCGCGUGCGCGCGCUGCUGGGCGGGCGCGUGCGCCUCAUGAUCGCCGGCGGCGCGCCGCUCGCGCCCGACACGCACGCGCAGGUGCGCAUCUGUCUGUGCUGCGACGUGGUGGCGGGCUACGGGCUCACCGAGACCACGUCCUGCGCCACCGUCAUGGACCCGCACGACCGCAGCACGGGCCGCGUCGGCGCGCCCACCACCGGCACCGACCUCACGCUGCUCAACUGGGAAGAGGGCAACUACCGCGUCACCAACAAGCCCUUCCCGCAGGGCGAGAUCGUCAUCGGCGGCGAUUGCGUGGCCGAGGGGUACUACAAGAACCCGCAGAAGACCAAGGAGGAGUUCCUCGACGUCGACGGCCGGCGCUGGUUCCGCUCAGGGGACAUCGGCGAGCUGCACCACGACGGCUGCAUCAAGAUCAUUGACCGCAAGAAGGACCUGGUCAAACUUCAAGCUGGCGAAUACGUCUCCCUGGGCAAGGUAGAGGCUGAGUUGAAGACCUGCCCCAUCGUGGAGAACAUCUGUGUGUACGGCGACAGCUCCAAGACGUACACGGUGGCGCUGCUGGUGCCAAACCCGCAGCACCUGGCAGACCUGGCCGGCAGGGUCGGCCUGCCAGAGAUGGACUUCGAGCAGCUGUGCCAGAACAGCAGCGUCGAGAAGGCGGUUGUGAAGGAAUUGGCUGAUCAUGCCAGGAAAUGUGGAUUGGAGAAAUUCGAAGUACCAGCGGCGGUGAAGUUGUGCACUGAGGUGUGGUCCCCCGACAUGGGGCUGGUGACGGCCGCCUUCAAGAUCAAGCGGAAAGACAUCCAGGAGCGGUACAAGGAGGACAUCAAGCGCAUGUACGCCUCGUGAACAUAGCGUCACCAACGAGGAUUUGGCAGAAAACUGUACUGUAUCACCCAAAAUAUAAGUGCGACUUCAUAUCGCACUACACCAAUAGCAGAGCAAGAAAUUAUGCUCUGUGAUUGGUCGAUUUCUGUGAGCCUGCACUCGGCACGUACAAAUCGGGUCAAAUAAAAAGCAAAACUCUACUAAAUACUUUCAAAUAUAGUGUAAUCUAUAUCAGCAACUGUAUACAAUGAGGCGCUUUCUACGCAAUACUGUCAGUCGUGACUUAUAUUUUGGGUCAGCCUGCAGCGGCGACGAGGGCCGCUCACCGUACAACCACCAUUCGGUACUAAGUUUCUACAUUAAUUUCGAUAAGUCUUGUACAUAUUUAUUUCUUGUCUAAUAAACUCGUAUGCAAUGCAUGAUGAUGAAUGUAAACUUACUUUUCUAUGUAAAAAGUACACCUUUUAGAAAUUGUAAUUUGAGAUUACGUGGGUAUAGAUCUGACAUUCGUAUGGGAAAUUGUAUGAGUGGUGUAUGACUGAUUGUCUUAAUAUAAAUUGAAAUUAGUUAUUGGCCUAGCGUCUCAAAGUGUAUAGCUUGCUCCGUGCCGGACAACUUGGGUUUAUUGUACUGAAAAACUUAAUUUGCUGUAGGAUUCUUGAAGUUGCUAUUUGUAAUGGUUUUGUUUUGUGUAUAAGGCUCUGAUUUGUAUAAUUUGGUUUGUGAGUAGUCGUCGUGAGCUGGAUCUCAUGCGCCUCGCCCGCGGUUGUCCGGCGCGGCCCGUAAUGUAACUCGUAAGGUUCAUCAUUUAGUACUUAGGGGUAUCGGGGUAGUUUGCCAAUGUAAUAAUAAUUUUGCAAUAAUAUCAUUUCAUAGUUGCAUGGUAUCGUUUCGAGUACGGUGUCGAUGCGUUGCAUAAUAGUUAGUCGAAUGAUUAUAAUUGUAGUGGAUUUAGUGUGCGAGAAUGCGUUGGCGCAAGGUAGCUAUUGCUGAUCGAACAAGUUAAACUUUUCGAUGUUUAGUGAUCUCGAUAGAUGUUGUUGUAAACGGCAUGCGAGAAAUUAUGUCCUAAUGUGGGUAGAGAAUAUUUCCAGUGCCAACGUCGUUCGGUCGCAUUAAAAAUUGUUGAUUAGUUUUAUUUAAAUCAUGGCUAUUGUACUGCCAAAUGAAAUAAUGUGGAGAAAUUAUGUAAUAUACACAAUGGUUUAUGUAUUUAAUUACAUAAGUUAUGUAAUAGUGUAGGCUGUAUGGUUUAAGUUGUUUGGCUUUUUAAAGAAUGUACAAUGGCGUAUGUUAUUAUUUUGGUGUUUCUGCGCAUUAUUUGUAAUGGCGGUAUUCGUGUCUGAACAUUGAGACCCAGAGGCUAGUCAAUGUUACUUCGAAUGUUUUGUUUACGCAUUUCAUUGUCUUGGCCGCAUUUCGCUGAGCAUUUACUUGUUUUUUUCAAUUGAUAUGUACGUCUAUACGUGAAAGUAAUCAAUGGAUGUUACCUGAUAAUAAAUGUUUAAUUCCAUCGAUGUAUUUAAUGUACGUGAGUGUUACUUGUAACAGGUAGCCACAUAUUUUUCGAGAUGUAAUCGUAUUGAAUAAAAUUUUAGCGUGAAAUCAAUCUAUCGUUAGGAGUUCUUGCUCAGUUCAUGUGACAUUUUGUUUGAAAUUCUGAAAAUAUUGCAACUGAAACCGAUUUUGUAUUAUUUAUUCAAUAAAUGUUAAUAAAAUCA